AAACGUAGGGCGCGGGACUGGACUGCGCAGGUUUACAAGCAGAACACUGGCGGCACGCAUGCGCCACGUCCUUACGCCGUCUCUGGGCGCCAGGGUCUGUACUGAAAGAUGGCAGAGGUUGGGUCCAAGUCAGUGUUGUUCGUGUGUCUCGGUAACAUUUGCCGGUCACCCAUCGCAGAAGCUGUUUUCAGAAAACUGGUAACUGAUGAAAAUGUUUCAGAUAAUUGGAGGAUAGACAGUGCGGCUACAUCCACCUAUGAAGUGGGGAAUCCCCCUGACUAUCGUGGGCAGAACUGCAUGAGAAAACAUGGCAUCCCCAUGAAUCACAUUGCACGGCAGAUUACAAGAGAAGACUUUGCUACAUUCGAUUAUAUACUGUGUAUGGAUGAAAGCAAUCUGAGAGAUUUGAAUAGAAAAAGUAAUCAAGUUAAAAACUGCAAAGCUAAAAUUGAGCUACUUGGGAGCUAUGAUCCACAGAAACAACUCAUUAUUGAAGAUCCCUAUUAUGGCAAUGAUUCUGACUUUGAAGUGGUGUACCAGCAAUGCCUCCGGUGCUGCAAGGCCUUCCUGGAGAAGACUCACUAGAUGGUCCUGCCCACCACCACUGAGCAACUCUCUCACAGAGCCAUGCCCAAGGGUGGUGGCAGUCCUUAGCCCCACGCCCCAGCUGUCUUUUCAGCUGACUUACUGUCGACCUGUAAAAUAACUGUAGGUGGAAAUUAGGUAUAUGUUCAGAAGGAUAAAAAUAUCUUGAGUAAGACAGUUUGAGGUGAGGCUAAGCUUUCUUAGACUAGUUGAACCUCUCACCUUCCCUAAUUACAAAAUAGUGGAACAAGCAAAUAUGGAACAAAAUAGAACACAAUGAAGUAAAAAUGACCUACAAGGUUCAGGUCAGCCUCCGACCCCAGCUAGCCUGGGUGGUCUGGUCUGACCAGAGUGUGUGCAUGGCCAGCACCCAGGGUGCCAUUUGCUUGCCUUAUACCUGUGUCAUAGACUCUUCAGACAAUAACUCCAUCCGUAUCAACCUUCCAUUUAACAUUGGAAGAGUUUAAACUCAGACACACUGGAGGACAUUUAAAUAUUCAGAAGAGAAGAAGCUGGAUAACGCAGGCCUGCAAUUCCAGGAGGCCAUCCUGGGCUAUACAGUGAAGAGGGGAGCAACAGAUUGAUAAAAUUAGCAUUUUUAUUCUUGGUUUUUGUCUAGUGUUUUUGAGCUUUGUUCCUAUUUGAGCCACUUUACCUCUUAAAAAAGGUGUGCUUAAACAGUGGAAUGUUUGUAGUAUUCUUUCAUCAACAUUUUAAAGUUACAGGCAAGCAUGUGUAAUUUAAAUGCAUUUUCAGAAAAGUGACCUCAAAUUCAUGUCAGAAAAGAAUUCGUGUUAAACUGGGAAGUUAACAAAUAUAAUUGAAAUCGAAAUCUGGUGUGUGCCUGCUUUCUAAUUGACAAAUGAAAAAAAAAUGUAAAACAUUGCCUCCAUGUGCCUUUUUACUUGGCCUGAUGUUAAAUUUGUGUACUUAUUUUCAGUAUUAGAAAGUAAAGUAAUGAAAAAUAAAAGCACGCUGCUGUGA